AGGACUUCGCAGUGGUUCAGCAGGAAAUAAUCAUGAUGAAAGACUGCAAGCACUCUAACAUUGUGGCCUAUUUCGGUAGUUACUUAAGGAGGGAUAAAUUAUGGAUAUGUAUGGAAUACUGUGGGGGAGGUUCACUGCAAGACGUAUAUCACGUUACUGGGCCACUAACAGAAUCACAGAUAGCAUAUGUAACAAGAGAAACCCUUCAGGGUUUAUAUUACCUACACAACAAAGGAAAGAUGCACAGAGACAUAAAGGGUGCCAAUAUUUUAUUGACGGACAAUGGUUAUGUCAAGCUAGCUGAUUUUGGUGUGUCUGCACAGAUCACAGCAACACUAGCUAAAAGAAAAUCCUUCAUCGGGACUCCUUAUUGGAUGGCCCCAGAGGUGGCCGCCGUGGAGAGGAAAGGAGGAUACAAUCACCUGUGUGACAUCUGGGCUGUGGGCAUCACCGCCAUUGAACUAGCCGAACUGCAACCUCCCAUGUUUGACCUUCAUCCAAUGAGGGCUCUGUUUCUGAUGACGAAAAGCAACUUUCAACCCCCCAAAUUAAAAGACAAAGUUAAAUGGACCAAUAAUUUCCACAAUUUUGUGAAGCUGGCUUUGACGAAAAAUCCAAAGAAGCGGCCACCAGCUGACAAGUUAUUGCAGCAUCCCUUUGUGUCCCAGCCAUUAAGUCGUAUUUUGGCGAUUGAGCUGCUGGAUAAAGCGAACAACCCCGAUCACUCGUCCUUCACAGACCUGGAUGAUGACGAGCCAGAGCCGGAGCCUCCAGUGUCUGUUCCACAUCGGAUUCGCUCAACAAGCCGUACCAGUCGGGAAGGGAAGACUCUGUCAGAGAUUAACUUCGGUCAGGUGAAGUUUGACCCUCCUUUAACAACAGAGACAAAACCAUAUCAUGAACUGCCCGACAUUGACGAUUUUUUGGACUGUGCCGAAGAAAUAUACUACACUGCAAGAUCUAAUCUGGAUUUACAGAUGGAUUAUGGGCAGGGAUCCCCUAAAGGCUCCAUCAUGGGAGGAAAUAAGAGCCUCUUGAAAUCUGUUGAAGAGGAGCUGCAUCAGAGGGGGCAUGAGGCUCAUUUGGAGGAUGAUGAUGAGGGUGAAGAUGAUGGUGAUGAUCAUGAUGAUGAAUUGCAACACACAAAAAGCUCCACUAUGAGGCCUAAGGUCCCACCACCGCUUCCUCCCAAACCAAAGCCCAGUCCCGGACCACAUCAAAGCCCCUCCGGUGACCAUGACGGUAACCAGGGCACUAUAAAGCGCUGCCCGGGGCCCGAAAGCCCGGCUCGAUCAUCCAUCAAUGUACCCCCUCGACCUCCACCUCCUCGACUGCCCGCAAACCAGCUCAGCAGUUUAGGCAAUGGAAUUAGCCCAUCUGAACACUCGCCCUCAACAGAGAGACAGUCCACAAUGCCCCCUGCUGUUCCUAUACCAAAGGACAAGAAAGAUUUGCCAAAACCCAUCAGCAAUGGUCUCCCACCAACUCCAAAGGUUCAUAUGGGAGCAUGUUUCUCAAAAGUCUUCAAUGGCUGCCCAUUAAAAAUACACUGCGCUACCUCAUGGAUCAACCCAGACACACGAGACCAGUAUCUGAUAUUUGGAGCAGAGGAAGGUAUUUACACAUUAAACCUUAAUGAGCUGCACGAGACGUCCAUGGAACAGCUUUUCCCCAGGAGAUGUACUUGGCUGUAUGUCAUGAGCAACAGCCUGCUAUCAAUAUCCGGUAAAGCAUGUCAUCUGUACUCUCACAGUCUGAUGGGCCUAUUUGAACAUGCUCGACAAAUGCAGAAACUCCCUGUUGCCAUACCAACACAUAAAUUGCCUGACAAAAUAAUACCCAGGAAAUUCUCAGUGUCCACUAAGAUCCCUGAAACAAAAGGGUGUCAAAAGUGCUGUGUAGUGAGGAAUCCAUAUACUGGUCACAAGUACCUGUGCGGUGCCUUUCAGUCCAGUGUUGUCCUGUUUGAGUGGGUGGAGUCCAUGCAGAAAUUCAUGUUGGUCAAGAGCAUAGACUUCCCCCUGCCGUGUCCGCUGGAGGUAUUUGAGAUGCUGGUGGUUCCAGAACAUCAGUAUCCUCUCAUCUGCAUAGCUGUGAGCAAAGGGACAGAGCUCAACCAGGUGGUGCGGUUUGAGACCCUCAACCCCAACUCUACCUCCAACUGGUUUGAUUCUGAUACCCCACAGAACUGCGUGAUCCAUGUGACCCAGCUGGAGAGAGAUACAAUUUUAGUCUGCUUAGAUCGGUGCAUUAAGAUUGUAAAUUUGCAAGGUCGGUUGAAGUCCAGUCGGAAACUCUCAGCAGAACUGACUUUUAACUUCCAAAUUGAAUCAAUAGUUUGCCUUCAAGACAGUGUGUUGGCCUUCUGGAGGCAUGGCAUGCAAGGACGCAGCUUCAAGUCCAAUGAGAUUACACAGGAGAUUUCUGACAACUCCAGGAUAUUCAGGCUGCUAGGUUCAGACAGAGUGGUGGUUUUGGAAAGCCAACCAACAGACAACCCCACAGCACACAGCAAUCUCUACAUCCUCGCAGGCCACGAAAACAGCUACUGACCGCAAUGCAUCAUGGGACAAAAACACUACAUGCCGGUAUGCAAUGUUCCAAGAGCCUUUCAUUUCAUGUAGCCCGAUGAGAUGGCCACAUCUCAGAAGAACCGCAGAUAUGCUGUUGUUUAACCGCUGAGAGCACAGAGGAACACUUGAAUGGAUAUAAAGAUCUCAGAGUAGAGAAAAGACGGGCCGUAACCACAUGAUAUACUACAGUACUACAGUAUGCACUUUCACCCUUACCUGUUUUAGAGGCCUUGUUUUGGUUUGGCUUCUAGCAGUUUUAAUUUAUUUUUUACCUGAAACACACACAUAAACACAUGCUCUUUUUUUCCCCAAGCAAGACUUGUUUUUUUUUGUGUGUGUGUGUGUGUGUGUGUUUUGUUUUUGGCCACUACUCACAUUUGACGCUAACCACACAAGUGCUUGAAGACACAUUUAAUUCAUGUACACACAGACAUAGUAUUGUUAAGUCGUACUCUUUGUAUUGGUUGUGUAGAUAUAAGCACAUUUAUGUUGUACAGGUUUGUGGCAGCAUUGGCUGCUGUAAAGGACUGUGAGAUGCUGGGUACUACUUUAAAUGACCUCUAUGGCCAGAUCAGUUUUGUUAUAUGCAGUAGUUUAGGAAUCAUAAAGCUGAAGUGCCCAUCUUUCCAAGACUUGCCUUCUUAACAUUGCUGUUUUUAUUUGUUUGAUUUUAUUGUACAACCUAAUCUUUUUUACGUAAAGCCAAAUGGUGUUUUAUUGAGCAACUUUUAAUUCAGUGGCCCUUGUAAUUGUUUUUAACUCUGUGGUAUGCACUCACUCAGUUUGCACAAGGUUAUUAAAAUGUUGAUGUGUACUGUAUAUGUAAGUGUAUGUUUCAAACCAUGCCGAUAAUAACAUAUAUAAAUAUAUUCACUCUUUU